AUUAGAAUAGGAUUCGAGUUUGCAUAAGCAUGGAUGAACUACAAGUUCCAGACUUUUUUUCUCAUACGACUUCCAGUACUACCACGAACACAAAUACUUCGGACAGAAACGGGCACACACUGGAACAGGCUUAAUUAGACACGUGACUUAUUGCGUCGACGUCAUACUGUCAAAGUUUAAAGGUCGCUGUUUUCCCGCGAAGUUCCAAGCCUAUUAUUUGUGAGCUCGCCGUCUUGGCUGGCUUUUAAACUUUAAUUUUAUCUGACGUUUUUACUGAAAACACAAUGCCCAAACGAACUUAUCCUUUCAGUGAAACUUUUUCCCUGCAGCACAAAAUGCACAUUGGACAGAAAGAAGUGAACCAAGGAGUGUCUGGCAAUAAAUACCGACAGGAGGUUUAUGAGAAAACGAAGAACUUGCUCUUCAGUGGAACAAAAGCAAUUAUGGGGAAAAUCUGGAAGGCAGAUGAUGACAGUAGAAGACGUCCUGAUCAGUCGCCCAGCCCGGCUGCAGCGCUUAUGCGGGGACAGACUUUGAUAGGACAGGACGGGACACUGAAAAGAAACUCUGCCGUCUCCAACGCUGUUGCCUCUGGGGUUCCUGCCUGCUCUGUGUGUCUGAAGCCUGCCAGUGUGAAGGAGUCGUGUGCACAGUGUGAGCGCUCCACCUGCAGGGCCUGCAGUAGAACAUGCAGCAGCUGUACCAGUGUGUGCUGCUCUGUGUGCACAGUCACAGAUUACAGUGACCGCUAUGACAGAGUGCUAUGCUGCGACUGCGCUGCCUAAUGAAGGGAGGUGAAAUCUGCUGGACUGGCAAAUCUUUUUCCAUAUAAAGUUUCUGGAUUUUUUUUUUUUGUAUAUAUGUAAUGUGAUUUUGAUUAAACAUUUAAAUUAUUUUAUACAGUUCCAAAUAUUUACACACUCUUCCCUGUGUAUGUCUGAAAUUCAAAUAUAUGUUUUAAUGCUUUAGCAUGGGCUGUUGAUCAAAACUUGACUAAAGUGUUGUAGCACAUCAGAGUUGGCAGAGGAUUCUUCAUACUUGCAGCAUAGUAUGUAUUCAUUCUACUUCCUGCAAUUCUAAAGCUGUAUGCAGUUUUAAUAUAUUAAUACUGGUCAUUGUCCCUGUUUUACGUGGUUUUUUUUUUUUUUUUCCUCCCUUAAAUCUUAGUGUAGAAAUUGCUGAAAUGUGAAGUUUUAGUACUUGUGUUCAUACCAGCAGUAUGACAUGUUCACAUCACUCAACCAGCAGAUGGCAGCAAACACCCAUGCUUUACUAAUGGUGUUUUGGCAAUCAAAUCACAUCAUGUUUCAAAGAGGACCCCAUCUGAACUACACUGAUACAAAGGAAUAUCCAGAGAUGUGUUCAGAAUUAUAAAUCCCCAAAUACUGUAUUGAAAACCAUGAAUGCAAAGGUGCCCUUUGUCAGCAUAUUCUUUACCCCACUCCACAAGUGUGGGGUGUGUGUUACCACCAAGGGCACAAAUAACAGCCUGACACUAAUUAUGCAAGCUUGAAAUGAGUGUGUCCGAGUGCCACGAUACACAUGCCUAAUAUAUGUAGAGUAGUAUACAGGGUCAGCCGGGGUCCUAUUCUGUGUAGUUCAGAAAGUGAUUGGGGAGAGAACAAAACUGCCAUGAAUUUGGCUUCACUAAAUCCAGAGCAAUUGGGAAAUGGUGAUGUUUUACGAAUGAGAGCUUUCAUUUUUAAACCUUAGGCUUUUUAAUUAACACUCAAUUAUAUAUCGUGGCCCUAAAGGACACACA